AGAGGCUCGCAGACAGCGCGGCGGGCACCGGCGGGAGACGCCGCCAGGCGGGCCGAGGCCGCCUUCCGCGCGGCGCUCUGGGAGUUGUAGGCACUUUCCUUUCCACUCUCCUUCAGCUACUUGCUCUCGAAACGCAGAGACCUACCGAAGGGUGGGCGCCUGUGACUCCCAAGCUGCGAACUUUGGGGACUCUAAUUUCUAAAAAGGUGCCGGGAACUAGGACUGCUCCCGGGGGCCUCACGUGCCCCCGCUGGAGGACUACGGGACCCGACGAGCCCGAGGGGGCGGGGCCUCCGGCGCGCUGCAUUGUGGGCACUGUAGUUCCGCGGGGCCCGGCUUCUGGCCGCCGCUCGGCCCGGGACAGCGCGCCGGACUACAUUUCCCUUAGGCCCGCCCGCUCUCCCGAGGCCGCCUUGGCGCGAGACAUUGGCGAGCGGAGUGUCUCCAAGAUGGCCGCUUGGGGAAGGAGGCGUCUUGGCCCGGGCAGCAGCGGCGGCAGCGCCCGAGAGAGGGUGAGUUUGUCGGCCACAGACUGCUACAUCGUGCACGAGAUCUACAAUGGGGAGAACGCCCAAGACCAGUUUGAGUAUGAGCUGGAGCAGGCCUUGGAAGCCCAGUACAAGUACAUUGUGAUUGAGCCCACCCGCAUCGGCGAUGAGACAGCUCGCUGGAUCACUGUGGGCAACUGCCUACACAAGACGGCCGUGCUGGCGGGCACCGCCUGCCUCUUCACCCCGUUGGCGCUGCCCUUAGAUUAUUCCCACUAUAUCUCCCUGCCCGCUGGCGUGCUAAGCCUGGCCUGCUGCACCCUCUACGGAAUCUCCUGGCAGUUUGACCCUUGCUGCAAGUACCAAGUAGAGUACGAUGCCUAUAAACUGUCCCGCCUGCCUCUGCACACACUCACCUCCUCCACCCCAGUGGUGCUCGUCCGGAAGGACGACCUGCACAGAAAGAGACUGCACAACACGAUAGCACUGGCCGCCCUGGUGUACUGUGUAAAGAAGAUUUACGAACUCUACGCCGUAUGAUUUCAGUAGAACAGGGAGAGAAGCAAAACCACCCAGCCCACAAGAGACAACAGAAUAUUCAGGUCGCCACAGUAACAUUUUUUGUUCUGUGAGGCAGCGGAACCUGGGAAAGUGUUUGGUUUAAUAUUUGUUAUUUUUUAAAAAUAACACAGAUCACGGGUGUACCAAGGGUCUUUUCAGCUCAUUACACUAAGAUGUGGAUUUCCAUAACCCAAGAAGGGGGUCUGAGGCUGUGGAAAUCUAACUGGGCAGUGGAAUGCUGAUGGAAGCAAACGCUACUGAGGGGGUGUGGACACGCUUGGCGGGGGUCUUUAAGUAUAUUGUUUAACUGUACCAUCCAGAGCCAACCAGAAGCUAUUGACCAUUAAAAUUAUGAGAAUUUCAA